UCAACCAGCAUCUAUAACUUGUAGUGAUUCUAUUAUUGUUUACAUAACUAGAACAGUACCAGUAACAACAUGUCCUAUUGAACCGACUUUACAAUGUUCGAUAACUCCCGACCAAGUCAAUAGACCUGCCUAUAACUACGCCAACUACUAUACAGUGAAUAAAAGUGGUAAUAAUGUAUCGGUUAAUAUAGCUAAUGUAUCUAAAGAUAGAGAUAGUGGAUAUUGGACUUGUACAGGAGCAUUGGCUGGUUCUCAACAGAAUAUCACCGUUGAUGUUAAAGUAAUAAAACCAGUACCUUCUGUUAAAAUCCAACUCACCCCCAUAGCAAAGAUUAUUGUAAACCAGACCAUCGAUAUCAUCUGUACAACUGGUGUAUCAUAUCCUCAUGCUACUAUCACGUGGUCUAUUAAUGGCGGGAAUAAUCUAGGAAGUGGAACUACAAGUAAUAACUCUGAUGGAACUACUACCAGUAUAUUACAAUAUACAGCCGAUAUAUCGGAUCAUAAUAAAAUACUACUAUGUACAGCUACUAAUGGUUAUGGUACAUCUAAAACAGAUUCUAUAGCAAUAAUUACAAAAUAUUCACCUAGACAAGAUACUAGAGUUAUAACAACAUCUAUAGUUAGUGGUGAUAUAAGAGAUAUAGUACAACUUGUAGCUGAUGUUAUAUCCUAUCCACCACCAACUUUCACCUGGUAUUAUAAUAAUAUAACUACUGGAGAUGUUGAACCUAUCUAUAAUGGUGAUGUCUUUAAACAGAAUGAUACCAGUACAUCCAUCAACACUUAUAGAUCAACAUUAAAUAUCAACAUUACAUCCAACAUCUACUAUACAUCAUAUAUAGUCAAUGUAUCUAAUAAUAUUGGUUAUACAGACCUAGAGUAUCAGGUUAAACAUCAAUCUAAACCUGAUCUACCUUCUAACAUCAUGUCAUCACCACCAAGUCAUGACAGUAUCUGUAUUACAUGGACACCAGGAUUUAAUGGUGGAGAUCAACAGGAAUUUAUUGUUCAACAUUCAGUAGAUAAUAAAACCUGGACUAGUUCUACACCUCUACCAGAAUCUAAACCUGAUUAUUGUAUAAAGAAUCUACAAGCUGAUACACCAUAUUAUAUUAGAGUUAUAGCUAGAAAUAAAUAUGGUAAUAGUCAACCAGUUUAUCUGAUAUCGACAAUACAAACUUUAAAGAUAGGGCCCCACACACCAACAGGAACGAAUGGAGGUUUAAUAGCUAGAAUUGUAACAACAAUUGUUAUUGUUAUUAUUGUCGUGGCUGUAGUGGUUUUUAUUAUGGUUUGGAAACGAAGACAGGGGAUGGAGAAAGAAGAAUCGUCAACAUAUGACGGUCUACAUCUGGACACAAGAACAGCAGCUACUGGUGUAGAUGAUACAAGUUACCAAGGUCUACAACAUUAUGUUAAUCUACAAUCAUCUACUACAGAAAACCAGAAUUAUGACCCACUUCAGCAUCGAGAACAAACUACCGUAGAUGGACUCCAUCAUACAACAGUAUAUGAUGGUCUGAAUACAGUAGAUGAUAGAACUCAAACUACAGUAUAUGACGGUCUGAUUACAGUAGAUGGUAAAACUCAAACUACAGUAUAUGACGGUCUGAAUACCGGAGAUGGUAAAACUCAAACUAUAGUAUAUGACGGUCUGAAUACAGUAUAUGGUAAAACUCAAACUACAGUAUAUGAUGGUCUGAAUACAGUAGAUGGUAAAACUCAAACUACAGUAUAUGAUGAUCUGAAUACAGUAGAUGGUAAAACUCAAACUACAGUAUAUGAUGAUCUGAAUACAGUAGAUGGUAAAACCAGAGAUCACGUGUAUGUAGAAGAGGAUUCCACUGAAUCGUAUGUUAAUGUGAACAAGGACGAGAAUCCUGCUUAUGCAAAUCUUAGAACAUAACCAAGCAAACGAAGAGAAAAUAUCAAAUUUUCUCACACAUCGAAAUUCCUUUAAUCUCCAAUGAUUAUAUACUGGGUCCAUUUAUUUGAUCUGAUAUGUGGGUUUGUUGUGUGCAUUGCCUGGAUAUUGUGUACUAUCUUUAGGGUAGUGUGUAAUCGUUUGUGUGUGGUGAGGUCCCCCUGCUUUAGUCCCCCAAACAUGCUGGUAAAUCAGCUUUUAAGUGUUAAGAUGUUUUUGUCGCCCGCUUUUCGAAGAAAGCAGCAGGGGGCUAUUAAAAUGGGUUCGUCGGUCUGUCUGUCUCUCCGUCACACUUUUUGGGGCACAAUAACUCUCUCUCUAAUUGAGCUAUAAUGUUCAAACUUGGUGUAGGUGUUUAUUAGGUCAAUGCCUUGAUGGGGUUCGAAGAUGAGCAUUUCAUUUUCUGUUUAGGGUAAGCAGAGAUAAGCAAUUUGAUGCUUUGGGACACGAUAACUUUAGUUCUGAUAAAGUGAGAGUGAUCAAACUUGGUGUAUAGUUUCAUUACAUCCAAACGUUGACUAAGUUCUAUAAUGAACAUUCUCGGCUCAGGGUAAGCAGAGCGAUAAAUAAAUUGAUUGGUCGACACUUUGAAACAAAAUAACUUUAAAUUGAGGUGGAGUGUUGUUAAAACUUGGUGUAUAGGCGUUCAUUAGGUGAAUACCGUGACGGAGUUAGAUGAUAAACAUUGUCCGUAUCUGCUUAUGGUUAGCAGAGAUUAGCAAUUUGAUUGCUUUUGGACACGAUAACUUUGGUUAUAAUUAAGUGAGAGCUAUGAAACUCCGAGUAUAGAUUCAUUAUAUCAUUACCGCAACUAUGUUUGAUGAGAAUUUUCUGCGUAGGCUAAGCAAUUUGAUUGGUCAAGACUUUGGAACGAACAUGACAACUCUGCUUUUAAUUGAGGUAGAAUGUUUAAACUUGAUGUUGAUGUUCAUUAGGUGAAUGUCUUGACGGAGUUCAAUGAUUAACAUUUCCCGCUAAAGCCAUGCAGAUAGCCAAGCUUCCCCCCCCCCCUACAUUUUCAGAUGGUGACACAGUAUUUUUUUUUAUAUAAACCUGUUUUAGUUGGUGGACAAGCAAGAAACGUACUCAGGCCUUGGUCUGGUCCAUAUAAUAUAAUUCAAAAACUCUCUGAUGUUCAUGUGAAACU